AUGGAGGAAGAUUUGAGAGUCAAGAAAGCUGUGGAAGAGUUUGAAGGGAGUGGGCUUCCUGGACCGUCUGUGAGAAAUUCUGUCACCCACAGGGGUUCUAUUGAAGGAACCAGAGAAGAGAGUAGUUCACAAAGGCGACCAGGAAAAGAAGAAGCGGUGAACCUUAAAAGCGUAUGGAAGGACAUAGAGCGGCAUCACCCAAAGACGUUUGAUGGGGGUAUGGAUCCUGACAAAGCUGAGGCUUGGAUAGAUGACAUGGAGACAAUAUUUAAAGCUUGUGGCUGUAAUACCUACCAAAAGGUACAAGCAGCGGUAGUUUUACUGAGGGACCGAGCUAAGAGGUGGUGGAGGAGCCAGAAUGAUGAUCCAGAGUGGAUGGCCCGACAAUUGAUAGAACGAGCAAGGCCAGAGUUGAAACAGCAAAUGGCUUUAUAUGAGUUUAAGAGUUUCGAGGAUGCCUGCACGAAACUCAGGAUGACAGCCCGCAGAACCCGAGAAGUGGAGGAGAGCCGACGUCGGGAUAACCAGGGCAGAUUCUCUGGUUUUAUGAGGCCAAUGGGAGGAAUUAAUAAAAAGAAUAACUACAGUUAUGGGGGCUCAGGUAACUCAAGCAGAGGCAAGAGCCAGAAUCAAAAGAAUUCAGCCCGUGGAGGCUUUAUGCAAAGGAGACAGCCUCAAGGGAGUCGUAUAGGGGGAGAUCGGAGUGUCCACCAUGAGCCUACCAGAUCCACCCCAAGUGUUAGUGGUCCUUGCAUGAGAUGCGGGAGAAAUCACCCAGGACAGUGUUGGGAAUGCUACCGAUGCCAUAAGUUCGGACAUAUAGCUCGCAAUUGUCCAGAGAUGCAGCAGCAAACUCCUAGUUUCAGAUCCACGGUGCCUGGGAGAGUUUUUGCUUUGACUAGAGAGGAAGCUGGUAUGUCUCCUAAUCUGAUUAGAGGUACUGGUAUUGACGUGAUUAUUGGCAUGGAUUGGCUAUCAGCAAAUAAUGCCAUUCUGGAUUGCAAAAGGAAGAUAGUAACUCUUCCUUUGUGCACUACGAUAGUUGAGGCUAUUAAUGGUCGUUUGUGGUUGUCUGCUACUCAAGCAACUAAGUGUAUUCAAAAGGGUUGUCAAGCGUAUGCUGUUUUCUUUUCCGUUAGUACGGAUAAAGAAGUUGGUAUAGACCAAAUCGAGGUAGUGAAGGAGUUUCCUGAGGUAUUUCCUGAGGAAGUGUCCGGUUUACCUCCUGAAAGGGAAGUUGAAUUCUCUAUUGAGCUAGUACCAGGGACAACUCCAAUUUCUAAAGCACCGUACAGAAUGUCACCUUCAGAAUUGGCAGAGCUGAAAAAGCAAAUCGAAGAGUUACUUGAAAAAGGAUUUAUUAGACCAAGUGUCUCACCGUGGGGAUCACCAGUACUGUUUGUGAGGAAGAAGGAUGGGAGCUUGAGAUUGUGUAUAGAUUACAGGCAGUUGAAUAAAGUGACUAUCAAGAACAAAUAUCCUUUGCCCAGGAUUGAUGACUUGCUAGAUCAAUUAAUGGGAUAUGGACAUUACGAGUUUCUAGUAAUGCCUUUUGGUUUGACGAAUGCUCCAGCGGUGUUUAUGGACUAUAUGAACCGGAUCUUUAGGCCGUACUUGGACAAGUUUAUUGUGGUGUUUAUAGAUGAUAUCCUGAUAUACUCUAAGAAUGAGGAAGAAUACCGAGAGCAUCUUUACAUUGCAUUGCGAAUAUUGAGGGAUCAUCAGUUAUAUGCUAAGUUGAGCAAGUGCGAGUUCUGGCUUAGAGAAGUGAAAUUCUUAGGCCAUGUAGUAUCUGCCGAGGGAGUAGCUGUUGAUCCUAGCAAGGUCGAUGCCGUAUUGCAAUGGGAGACACCAAAAUCUGUGACGGAGGUACGAAGUUUCGUGGGCUUAGCUGGGUAUUAUCGAAGAUUCAUCAAGGGAUUUUCUCAAAUCGCCAUGCCUCUAACUAAGUUGACCAAGAAAGACCAACCGUUUAUCUGGAGUGAAAAGUGUGAGGCGGCUUUCCAAGAACUGAAAGCUAAGUUGACCACGGCUCCAGUGUUGACUAUUCCAGAUCCUAGUAAACCGUACACCCUUUACACUGAUGCUUCAUUAAAGGGUUUAGGGUGUGUCCUGAUGCAGGAAGGAAAGGUGGUUGCCUAUGCAUCUAGGCAAUUAAGGCCGCAUGAGGAAAAUUAUCCUACACAUGACCUGGAAUUAGCGGCGGUGGUUUUUGCAUUAAAGAUCUGGAGGCACUACUUAUAUGGAUCACAGUUUGAAGUCUUCAGCGAUCACAAGAGCCUGAAGUAUUUAAUAGAUCAGAAGGAACUGAAUAAUAGACAACGUCGGUGGAUGGAAUUCAUCAAGGACUAUGACUUUGAGCUUAAGUAUCAUCCAGGUAAAGCCAAUGUGGUUGCAGACGCUUUGAGUAGGAAAACGGUGCAUGUGUUUCACCUGAGUUUGGAGGAAUACUACUGUUUAGAGAGAUUGAGAGAUCUCCAAGUGAUGCAUGAGGCUCCAGCCACUCUACAAUCAAUUUUGGGUGAUUAUGAGUUCUUUCGAGACUUGAAGGCUGCACAGAUGGAGGAUGACCGGUUAUUGAGCAUUCGAGAGGAAGUGGAGACCCGUGGUGUGCCUGAUUAUGAAAUUGAUGAAAAGAGAUAA